AUGCCCGGGCAUACCAGUCUGCCUCGCGGCCCAGAGGGUACCAUCUACGAGGCGAGCGGAUUUGAUGAUGACUUAAGGAUUGAGAUUGAUCCCACAAAGAUCAAGUUUAUCAAAGAGCUGAAAACAUCGGAGGCAUCAUCAAUAUUCCAUGUGAACUAUGAUGGCAUGCCCCGCGUUCUGAAAGUUUUCCACAAUGAUGAAGAUGCUGGCAAAGAGCGAAUGGCCAAGGCAGUCAAAGGCAUUCAACAGAUACAUUCAGCUUUGGUUGAGCACAAUGAUCCUUAUCCCAAAAACAUUAUGAUUGUUCCUGAUGAUUCAGAAAGAGUUGUGUGGAUAGAUUUUGAUGUUGCAAUCACUUACCCUGAUAGCACCUACAUUGGAGAUAGAGAACAUGGCUGGAUUGAGAUUGAAACCAGACAGAUUGAGAGUGUUGGAGUGAAACUUGUUGAUGCCUCAGAUGAUAUUCACUUCUUGUUUCCUUGCCACUGA